AUGCCUCCACGCCUUCGCUCCAAGCCUUAUGGCCCGAACUCUCCGAACGCCGCCGAGGGCCUGCCAGAACCUGCUCCUCGUCGUCGCCGAGCGACGCGCUCUGCGUCUGCUCAACCGCAGGAAGACCAGCCUGCCCCGCCUGUCCGCGAGCCCAAGACUCGCAAGACCCGUGGCAAGGCCGCCUCCCGCGGCAGGAAGAAGGCGACGUCCCGUACCACACACUCCCCUUCUCCCCCUCCCUCUGCCACUCCUCAGCCUAACCAGCUGGAGGGUGAUGAUGCCACCUCGAGUGCCGGUGCUCAAGCACCCAGUGAAAAGGUGAAGUCCCCCGAUGUCGACCUUCGCACCAUCCCAGAGCAUGAGGACCCACACGAAACUACCGUCGGGGAGCCUGCCGUCGACCAGCUGCAGGAUGACCCUUUGCACCUUUCCCUUGCGGACCUCGACCUGUCGGAAAGACAAAAAGCUGACCAGUCUGCCGCCGAACAGAUCCAGGCGGAGCUCGAGAUGCAUAUUCCUGCAUCACCGUCAGUUGAGAUCCCCGUCACUGUCCUCCCGUCAAUUGAGAGCAGUGACCCUGAGGUUCCCACUCCAAUCGUUGGAGUCUGUGAGUCUCCAACUCCUUUUUUCUCCCUCCGUUCUUCCCGUUCUGCCCUCCGUUCUUCUUCUGUUUCUUUUUUCCCCGUUCGUUCGUCGUCUGUCGAUUCCGCGGCUUCCACGGCAAGCGACAUUCCAAGUUCGACAACCUCCACCUCAACUGAGAUCCCUGGCAAGCAGGGCAGAAGCUGGUUAAUGACGCAGUUGCGGUCCCUCUACCGCCUGUGCACCCGCAGCCAGGGUGCAUCCCUUCCGCCUGUCGUCACUAUCACUGCUCCCGCAGUCGGAUGGUCCCAGGAUAUCCCCAUGUUGAACCCAAACACGGCCCAGUCGCACUCCGCCCUGGACGACGUUAAACUGAUCUCCAUCAUUCGUGCAGUGCGGUCCGGAAGACAGUCAACCCGCCGCCGAUCCCGAGCCUCGCCAUCCACGUCCGUGUCCGAACAGUCCCGAGUAUUGCGUGCCCAAGAGGCCACACCGAUUCACCGGUCUCGCACCUCUUACGCGAACAGGUCUAAUUCUCGUCGCAUUGAGAGCCGUGGCAGUCUUGGCCGGACCUUGUAUCGCCUCCCACAGCUCCUGUCAUUCCACAGUGAGCCCGAGCUCAAGGAUGGCUCUGGAGAAGAAACCAACCCUGCCCACGAGCAGGAAUCCCCCAAUCUUCCUCCGGCGACUGUGGUCCUCGAGACUAACCCCCCACGACCCCCGAGCGGUCGACCCCUGCCACUCCUGUGGCCCCUAUGA